AUGGAGAAACUGGUGAUCUUGGACCCAACCAUGACAGCAGAAGAAGCUUUAGCUGAGUCUGUGAGGGUUUUCAACAAUCGAGAGUUGGUGAGGGGCUACUCACCUAUACAACAUGCCUUAGGGCGAGCCCCGGACGAAACAGGUCGUUUCAUCCACAGUUUGUGCAGUCCUCUUCCUGAAGUUUUACUGGAAAACCCAAAUGGGGAAUUCAAACGGAAUGUGGAAAGAAUGAAACAUGCUGAGCAAGCCCUUUCUGAAUGGCAGGCACAACAAAAGGUGACAAAAGCCUUGAACUCAAGAGGCCAACGUCUCAUGGACUACAGACCUGGUGAUUUGAUUUACUACUGGAGAAAGCAAAUCAAAGGUGAGCCAGCCAACAAGAACGGAAAGUUCUUAGGCCCAGCCCGCAUUUUAGCAACUGAGUCCAAGCGUGAUCCCAAUGGAGCUCUACGGAAAGGUAGUGCCAUCUGGUGCGUGAGGGGUCGUCGAGUCAUCAAGUGCUGCGUGGAGCAACUGAGACCCGCGUCAAAACGAGAAGAACUCCUCGAACAUUUGGGAGAGGGUGAACCUGAAGCACCAUGGACUUUUCCAAGAAUUACUCAAGAACUGGGAGGCAAUGAAUAUGAAGAUGUCUCUAUGGAUGUUCCAGAACAAGAAGAUUGGGAAGCAGCUCAAGAUCCGAUGGUUGUUGAGCCAGGUCCUCGGAGACAUAGCACCAAGAGACCACCUACACCGAGACAAUCACCAACCCACAUUCAACCUACACCAUCAAAAUCAUCACGGUCCAGCGGAUCAGCAACGGCACAUGUCACAGAAACACAACAAACUGCUUGGUGGAAUUUCUUGGAAGAACCAUUGCCUGAGAACACCGAAGGUUCCGGUUUCUGGGAUCAACAACAUGCAGCAGUCACCAUUGAGGUACCCCUGCCGGAGUCACACCGAGGCCUUCUAAAGGCUGUGUCGGAUUUUGAAACCUUCUUUGUGGGCGCACUCAAGCGCCGAGCAGUUGAAGUGCACGAGAAACAUUUGACACCAUCUGAACGACAGCAGUUUCAAGAGGCCAAAGAGGCAGAGGUACGGAACUUUGUGGCAGCAAAGGCAUUCGAGGCUCUACCGCCUGAACUGAAACCUGAUCGGUCACAAGCCAUCGGCAUGCGAUGGCUUCUUACUUGGAAGCUGAAAGAGGAUGGAGAGCGGAAAGCAAAAGCACGAGCAAUACUGCAAGGAUAUCAAGACCCUUCUUACGAACAUAGAGCCACCACCACUCCUGUGAUGACAAGGAUGACACGCCAGCUCCUUUUGCACGAAGCGGCGAGAAAAAGGUGGAGGGUACGCAAAGGUGAUGUUACUGGUGCCUUUUUACAGGGUCGUGAAUAUCCACAAACUCUUUACUGCACACCAUGUCCUGAAAUAUGUCAAGCCAUGGGCCUGAAACCUGGAGAAAUCACAAAGAUCAAACGUGGCUGCUAUGGCCUAGUGGACGCUCCUUUAGAGUGGUACAAAUCAGUGUGCGAAUACCUGGAAGAACUCGGACUUCAAAAGUCCUGGUCAGAUCCAUGUUGCUGGUUAUGGAAACCAAAUGGCUCCAUCGCCGGCAUGAUAGCCGGUCACGUAGAUGAUUUUCUUUUUGCUGGGCCAGCUGACAAUCCAGCAUGGCAAGAAAUUGAAAAGAAGAUUCAGCAAAAGUACAAAUGGACUGAUUGGGAGGAAAACUCCUUUGUGCAGUGCGGAGUUCUCAUUGAGGCCCAAAAAGAUGGCUCCUUCUUUCUUUCUCAGCCAAAGUAUUUAGAUAAGGUCAGUGAAAUCAGUUUAAGUGCGGUCAGGCGAAAGGACGCCAACGCACCCACCAGUGAAAAAGAGAAGAGCUUGCUGAGAGCAGUGUUGGGGGCACUGAGCUGGCACGCUCAGCAGGCGGCUCAAAAGCGAAACAAUGUAGUAGUGCGAUGGGUGCACUCGGAAGCGCAGUUGGGAAACGCUUUGACGAAAGCUGGGGCUAAGGAGUUGGAUUUGUUCUACACCAUGAAGGGCAUGUGGCGCAUCGUGGAGGACGAUGGCAUGAGGUACUUUGCGCUGUCGCGCAGCCUGCCUUUCGCCGACAGCAGCGUCGCUCGCGUGUUGGCGCGCACGGUACGAUGUAACAUCCAUUGGCAUCAGGAGAAGUUCCAGCAUUUCUCGGGAGGUCUUGUGAAGCUCUGCAAGAUCCUUCUGUCCAAGGACCCCAAGGAUCGGCCCUCCGCCCAAACGGCCUUCGCGGCCAUGUGGGCCUUGCUGCGGCCCAAGGAACGGCAGGUGGAGACGGUGCUCCAGUCGCUGCACGCCAUUCCCAGCAGCACUUCCGGUCGCGGACCGGCGUCCUCGGCGUCUCGCGGACGUGGCUCCAUCCAGGGGUCACCGACCCUUGUCCAAGAACCCAGCGAUCGCCCUCGUUCCGCGAGCCCCUGGCGAAAACUCAUGGACACGAGGCAGCGCCUGCGGAAGGGCUCAAAGGAGUCCCGCCCGGAUAUCACGGCCCCUGGGCCGCACCAUCGCGAGAGCGCUGCAGCGUCCGACGCCCAAACCACGCGAGUCGCCUCGCCCUCAACGCCCUCCGACCGAACGCCGGUGAAACCGGGCCCCAGCGCCCCACGCGGAGCCGUGGCAGCGGUGAAACCGACAGGUGGGAAGUGCCAGGAAUGCCACCGAUUUCCAGGAAUGGGAUAA